AUGGUUAUGGCCUCACAGUCACAACCACUCAGCAGCAUCAGGAUGCCAGGUCAGCGGAAGCGGCGCGCUGCGCAGCAGCUUUUCCAACUGUACUCAGCUUAUGUCCGCCCUACACCGCAACCAUCGGGUGAAGAUACAAUCAGAGUUGUGUGCAUUUCUGACACACACAACACCCGGCCUGAGCUUCCUUACGGUGAUGUUCUCAUCCAUGCCGGAGACUUGACUGAGAAUGGUUCGUUCGACGAGGUACAGUCGGAGCUAAGAUGGCUAUCUUCGCAACCACAUCGUUACAAGGUAUUCGUCGCAGGGAACCAUGAUGUGCUGCUGGACGAGGUCUUUCUCGAGAAAUAUCCACAAAGACGAUACGGAUCAUCACAGACAAAAGAGGAUCUCGACUGGGGAAGCGUGAUUUACCUCCAAAAUUCUUCGAUCACGCUCGAAUUUCCUCGUUGUCAUAAUGCAGUCGAAACGGAGGCCGCGCAACCAAACGAACAUAUGCAAUUUCGUGCCCGGAGGCUCAUGAUAUUUGGCAGUCCCUUCACGCCUCAAUACGGCACGUCGGCUUUUCAGUACCAAUCAGAUCCCGAAUAUUGGACCGAAACGUUUGCUCCUUUGCGCACCAUUCCGGACAUCCUCGUCACCCAUGGGCCACCGAAGUUCCAUCUCGACGCCCGUGGUGCCCAGCGGGCAGGCUGUCCAUACCUGUCAUGGGAGGUUGCAAGGAUGAGACCAAGGCUUCACGUCUUUGGUCAUAUCCACGCAUCCUAUGGCUGCGAGGAUGCCGUCCUCGAUGGAAUGCAAAGAGCGUAUGAAGAAGUCAUGACUGGUUGGGGAGGCUGGGAGACGGUGGGUUGGAUGACGGUUCGCACGAUCUGGGAACAGCUUGCGUGGCUGUUUCGAGGUUUCCGGGUGCGGCAAGAAUGUUUGACCACAACAUUCAUAAAUGCGGCAGUAGUUGGCGGACCUGACAACAGCCUGGUUAACCAAGCUGUGGUUUUCCAUUUUUGA